CUGAUGCUAAUUCCUUCGCCAGUCCCAUCUAGAGUGGCGAGACAACAAACCUUGUGCCUCUCAAACCCGGACAGACUGUAUAAUAUAAACCCCGACCGCCAAUACCGGCAGUCAUUCAGUUUCAAGUCUUUCCAGACCCAACUCGCAACCUCGCGACAACUCGCAGAAUCUCGGUAGAAUAGCCUAUUACUGUGUAAAAGCAUCGUCUCCGUGUAACUUCAGGCAUGGAUCUGUAUCAAGGAAAAUGGGAACUGCUCCCCGAAGAAACAACAGGAUUUGAUGAAUUCACCGAUGCUAUAGGAGUUCCUGAGCAAGCCCGUGAGGCGUUCAGGAAAGUGGCAUACGUAAUGGAGUACACGAAAGAUGGCGACAGCUGGACGGCAAAGGUGGAGGUAGUGGGGUCCAACGAGCCUAAGGUGUACUCGUGGACGCCGGGGGUGGAGUUUGAGUACGAGGGACUCGAUGGCAUGAAGAUGAAGAGCACGAUCAGAUGGGACGUAAGUGCUUGCCAAGAGGAACACGCCUCUGUGACCGGAAAGUGGACCUCGGUCAGGACUGUGGAAGGAGAUUCAAUGACACUGACAUCGGAAAGCAAAGGAAAGUCCAUGGUUCAGAAGUUUAAACGUGUCUGAUGCGACCACGAAACCCUUGCCGGUCACCAUUUUGGACAUGGUAUCAUGGGUACCUGACGUCAGUUUAAAACAUACGCAAUGCGCAUGCGCAUUGCGGUAUAGGUGUACGCUUCAUAUGCAAUUGUUGCCAUGGCUACUGUCAGUGAAUGUGCAAAAGAUACAUCUCCUGAGUGCAAUACAUUUUAUGAGCGAUAUCAAAAGUUCAUAUUUAUAUCACGUUGACCUUUUUUAUAUUUAUGUCUAAUCUUUCAUGAAAUCAAAAAUGAAAAUAAUGAAAAUAGGUUCCGACAAUGUUCUUGUCAUUUACAUCAAUAGCAUAUAUACUGAAACCAAAUCGAUCAGAAAAAAACAGUUCAUUGUUAGUGACGUGAAACAACUCAGGGCUGAAAUAAAAGACAUCUGUUCAACGUGAAUAAAUAAAUUAGCAGCGCAUUACUAUGGACGGAUGUGACCACGUGACCUGCUCAAUAUGCCCCCUGGUGGUACAAAUGCAUUCCCUGUAUGUAACGCUUGUUAUGGUGUAAUAUAACUAGCGUCGCAGAUGUUCGCCCUGUUCACGCUGAAGACAUAAAAGGGAGACAAUCGUAUUUGAUUUGAUCAUGAAUGUUGUGUUGUGUAUUCGUGUAUAAUCAUCAAUCCUGUGUUCGAUCCACUAAAUUCAAUUUACAAAUUAUUGAAAACAUGUAAGAAUUAAUAUUAUAUUGACAAUGUAGAAUACGAUUAUUUUAAGACCAUUUAUCUUUCGGUUAAAGUACUUAUUGAUAUGUUUUUCAUAGUUUUCUGAAGUGUUGGUUUGCGACAAACCCGAUACCAUUUUUCUAUUACCAUACACAGGUGAUAAUAGGUUUAUGUAUGCUAUGAUUGUCACGCUUGGUAUGGCGUAAUAUCAGUAAUAUAACUCUCGUCUUAUAUAUCCGCCCUCUUUACGCUGAAGACAUAAAAGGGAGGCAAUCGCGUUUGACUUGACCAUGAAUGUUGUUUUGUGUAGUGUAUUCCUGUAAAUCACCAAUACCGUGUUCGACCCCCUAAAUUCAAUUUACAUCUUAUUGGAAACAUGAAAGAAUUAAUAUUAGUUUGAUAAUGUAGAAUAUGAUUAUUAUAAGAGCAUUAUCUUUCGGUUAAAUUAUGGAUUUAUAUUUUUUUCACAUUAUUUUUUUCUUUAGUUGGUUCAGAACAGCAAUCCAAUAUCAAUUUUCAUCAUCGAUCACAAGCGAUAAUAGGUUUUCAUUUUGUUCACUAUCACUGGUUUUGAAUGUUUGAAUCGAAACGUCCAUAUACAUGUGGUACAAGUGAUGUAUGAUACAAAAAUAGAAUCGAUUUUAUUUGGACUUGUUUCAAAAAGAACCUUAUAAUUUGUCCAAAUGUAACAGUUUGGAGUAUUACGGAGAGAAGAACUUACAUUAACAUUACGUUGUUUUCUAGGGAAGCAAUCUUAUGUUACAAAUUGUAGUGUACAUUUUCAUUCAGUAUGCAGUAUCAUAAACACGAUGUACCGACCCGUGUAUCUAAUAUGUUCAACAGCUAUUUUAUUGUGUCGCAUAUAAUACGGCGGAAUUGAAUAAAGUAUGAGUUUGUA